AUGGGCCGCCUGCUCAGGUACGCCACCCUCUCCCAUGUCUGGGUGGAAAAGUCUGGCUACAACGCCAACGGUCAGAGCUGCCGCAUCGACCUGCACUGCCGCAACCCCUUUCCCGGCGGUGCUCUGGGCCCAGCUCUGCCCGACCUGGGCAUUGACGUGACUGUGCGCACAGCCCAACCCCCGACCACCUCACAAGCCUGCAUCAAGGUGGGCGCUGCCCUUCGCCGAGCCGAAAAGGAGAAGCGCGACUACUACACCGGUUUCAACCAUGGAAAAACUCUGAUCGUCCCUGCGGCGAUGACGACAACCGGUGGGUUCGCCUCCUCCUUUGUGGAUCUGCUUGGUCAGCUUGCCCGCUGCGCCGAGGCCCGUGGUGUGUACCAGCCGGGGCUGGAUGAGGCCUUUGUUCCCCGGUGGAAGGGUCGCUUUGCGGCGCUGGUCCAUCAGAUGAACGCUGACCACAUCCAGCGCCACUUUGGCGGUGUCUGCCUGCGCUUGUCGUAG